GAUUGGUUGAAAUAUAGCGGUUAAAAAUCUUUCAUACAUAUAUUAUACUAAUAAACUGGGUCCAGUAUUCAGAGUUAUCUUACCCGGAAGGAUAAAUAGUACAUUUGCACAUAAACACUGCAACAGCAAUGUUAUGGAAUAAAUUUGUUCUCAAUCAAUACAACCGAUUAUGUUAUAAUCUCCUUCAGAGUUAUUAUCGUCAGCCUGAUUUAUUUAGGAUUAAACCGGCAAUAACAUCGUACAAUGUAAGAGUACGCUGCAUGUGUAGUGGAUCGAAUAGCAUUCAGAAUGGUAUAAAUACACAACCUGAAGGUCCUGAUGCAGAUUUUAUUCACAGACACAUAGGAUCUUCUAAGGAGGAUAUUAAUCACAUGCUCAAAGUUUGCGGCUUUAAUAAAAUGGAGGACUUUAUAAGCAAAGUGAUACCAGAGAGCAUUUUGAUGAAAAACGAGUUGAAAUUGGAAAAGGAGAUUAGUGAAGCAGAGUUAAUUAAAAAAUUGCAUUUGAUGAUGAAUAAGAAUCAUGUCUGGCGGUCGUAUAUUGGACAAGGAUACUAUGGUACUAUUACACCUACUGUCAUACAACGUAAUAUAUUUGAAAAUCCUGGCUGGUAUACGGCAUAUACACCCUACCAACCAGAAAUAAGCCAAGGUCGAUUAGAAGCACUGUUCAACUACCAAACAAUGGUAUCUGAUUUAACUGGUUUACCAAGAGCUAAUGCAUCGCUGUUAGAUGAAGGCACAGCAGCUGCAGAAGCCAUGUGUUUAGCAGUCAGGCAUACGAAGAAGAGAAAGUUUCUGGUUGAUACGAAGUGUCAUUUACAAACUAUAGAUGUUGUUACUUCUAGAGCAAAAGAUAUUGAAGUUGAAAUUGAGAUGAUAUCUUUGAACAAUAUUGAUCACGUGAAGAAAACAAUUAACACUGGACAGUAUGCCGGCUACUUACUACAAUACCCAGAUACAGAAGGAGACAUCUGGGAUCAGAAAAUACGGCUAACUGCUGAAUGGACAAAACUGAAUAAGACUCUACUUAUCAUGGCUACAGAUCUGAUGGUGCUAACACUUAUUGAGUCGCCGGGUAGUUUAGGUGCUGAUAUAGCGAUUGGCAGUUCACAGCGAUUUGGAGUACCUAUGGGUUUUGGAGGACCGCAUGCAGCAUUUAUUUCAGCAACUGAAACACUCACUAGACUACUGCCGGGAAGAAUAGUUGGUCUUUCUAAGGAUAUGGAGGAUCAGCCUGCAUAUAGACUUGCCUUACAGACAAGAGAACAACACAUUCGUCGAGAUAAAGCCACAAGUAAUAUCUGUACUGCUCAAGCACUGCUUGCAAACAUGGCCGGUUUCUAUGCUAUUUAUCACGGUCCUAAAGGAUUAAAACAAAUCGCUUCACGUAUCCAUAGAAACACUUUGCGUCUAGCAUCAGCAUUAGAAAAUUCUGGAUAUAAGAUCGCCAAUCAGACUGCAGUAUUUGAUACAAUCAAGGUGUAUCCAGCGUCUAAAACUAAUAGCCUUCAGUCCAUACGAAAAAGAGCAAUGGAGAAAAGGAUAAAUCUUUUUUAUUACCUAGAUGGAGAAGCGGUUGGAAUAUCACUUGACGAAACUGUAACACGUGAUGACUUCAAUGAUCUACUAUACAUUUUCAAAGCAACUAAAGUGAAACCGAAAGCUCACUCAACCAAUGCCAUCACUACAUAUCCUCAUCUUAUUCGCAAAACUGAUUACUUGACACAUUCUGUGUUUAAUUCAUUUCACUCCGAAACUGAAUUAUUACGAUACAUGAAACGACUUGAAAACAAAGAUUUCUCUUUGGCACAUUCUUGCAUACCUUUAGGUUCCUGCACUAUGAAAUUAAAUGGUACUACAGAAUUACUUGCUUGUUCAUGGGAUACAGUGAAUAAAUUACAUCCUUUGGUACCAAAAAAUCAGAUAACUGGUUACCUAGAAUUGAUUGCACAACUGGAAAAUGAUAUAAAAGAGAUUACUGGCUAUGAUUAUGUUUCACUUGCACCGAAUAGUGGAGCACAAGGUGAAUAUGCUGGACUAAAAGCGAUCAGAGGAUAUUUGGACAGGAAAGGCAAACAGAAACGUAAUAUCUGUCUUAUUCCUACUUCGGCUCAUGGAACAAAUCCUGCAAGUGCACACAUGGCUGGAAUGAUUGUUAAACCUGUAAAGACAAUGUCAAAUGGUUGUUUGGACAUGAAUCAUUUAAAGGAACAAAUCUCGUUGCAUAGAGAUAAUUUAGCAGCUAUUAUGAUUACCUAUCCAAGUACAUUUGGUGUAUUUGAUAAUGAUGUUCAAAUGGUGUGUGAUUUGGUUCACGAAGCCGGUGGACAAGUUUUCAUGGAUGGUGCUAAUUUAAACGCACAGGUUGGUUUGUGUCGCCCAGCUGACAUUGGUUCAGACGUUUCACAUUUAAACCUGCACAAAACAUUCAGCAUUCCACAUGGGGGCGGUGGACCUGGUUGUGGACCUGUUUGUGUCAAGUCACAUUUGGCAGCAUUCCUACCCAAACAUUAUUUUUAUGGUCACACAUAUGUGAAUGACGCUGGUCAUAAAAUUAAUAUUGGCGACAAGUCAUCUAGUCAUUAUGCAGUUUGUUCUGCUCCCUUCGGCUCUGCAAGCUUACUGCCAAUAUCAUGGUCAUAUAUCCGAUUACUGGGUCCUCAAGGAGUGAAACGAGCAUCCCAAAUAGCUUUACUAAAUGCUAACUACAUGCUAAAACGUCUUCAAGAUUACUAUAACAUACGUUAUGUUAACGAUGCUGGAAUGUGUGCACAUGAAUUUAUAAUCGAUUGUUCACAAUUCUCUGACCAACAUAUCGAGGUAAUAGAUAUUGCAAAGCGAUUAAUGGACUACGGUUUUCAUAGUCCUACUAUGUCAUGGCCCGUGACAUCAAGUUUAAUGAUUGAACCAACGGAAAGUGAAUCACGCUUAGAAUGUGAUCGUCUAUGUGAUUCCCUUAUAUCAAUAAGAAAAGAGAUCGAUAAAGUGGUUAAAGGAGAAUGGGAUAUAGAAUGUAAUCCGUUAAAAAUGGCUCCGCACACAAUGGAAGUAGUCAUCAAUUCAAAAUGGGAUAGACCAUACACGCGCCAAGAGGCAGCAUUCCCAGCUCCAUGGCAAAAUAUGAAGAAUGGAUCGAUAAAUAAGCUGUCGAAAUUAUGGCCAAGUGUAAGUCGCCUAGAUGAUGCAUAUGGUGAUCAAAAUUUGGUUUGCACAUGUCCUCCAUCUUCAACACUUCUUGACAACUGA